GUUUCUAAGAUGCUGCGUGCGCAGCUUUCAAGUGUCACGUGGCCCCACGGAGAAGAUGGCGGCUGUAAUGGAGAGAAGCUUCGUGGAGUUUUGCGGGUUUGAGCGGGAAACAGAGCGCCGGUUCCGUGAAGUCACAGUGAGUCCAGGUGUGAGCGCUCCAACAGUUGGGAUCAAAUUUGCUGAUAGUUCCGGGGCAUUCCAUUAUGAAGAGAGUGGGAAGCUGCUGUCGGUCACUAGCAACCGAUUCAUCCUCUGGUCUACGUCAAUGGACACGGUCCAGCUGGUGGAGGAGUCUUUGGAUUGUAACUUGCUGAACAAUGCUGUGAGACUGAAGUUCAGCCCAUGCACUGUUCUGCCUGGAGGAGUCAGCAUCCAGGAAACACGGAACAAUGUCAUCAUCCUGAUUAGCACCAAUAAGAGUGUCCACAGGCUGGUGCUGCCUCAUCCAGCGUGCAUGUACCGCAGUGAACUGGCUACUGAGCAGCACAUGCAGUCCAUUUUCACCGAUCUGAUGAAACUAGAUCUGCAGGACCCAGCUCAUCAUGCUGUCAUCCCCGGCUGUGCAGGACACACCGCCAGUGCCGGUGUUGCAGCGGCAUGGCUCAGUUUCCAUGGUGAUGCUCACUUUGCUCUGGCUUCUCCUGCUGGAGGCAUUACCAUUGUGACUUUACCACCUCAAGACUCCCAGGGUGGCGUGUCAGUUCUGGACCUGAAGCAGACCUCUGUGAUGAAAAGGAUCUCUGGCUGGAUGCCGACUGCCAUUCUGGGGGAUCAGAGUCCAGCGGACUUGGUCAUGAGUCUAGCGGUUCGGGUGCUUGAGGAGGACUCGCUGAUCUUUGCUCUGGGUCAGGACCACAGGCUAAGGAUGUGGUCUCUCAUGGAUCAGGCUUGUCUGCUGGAAACUGACAUGUUGGAGUUCAUGCCUGCAUGCAAAGGUGUGAGACGUCUGCUGGCUCAGGGAAACUGGCUCCGCCUGGCCUACUCGUCCAGAACCGGCCUCUGCCUGUGUGUUUAUCUAGCCGUCCCUCAGCGAGGACAGUUCAUUGUCCUUCAGCUGGUCGGGACGGAUAACAACCGCUACAGCUUUGAGCACAUCUCCUCUCUGUUCAGCACACAGGAGGUUCUGGUGGACUUUGCUCUGACCUCCUCUGACAUCUGGGCUCUGUGGAUGGACCAGUCCAACAACACUGUGGUCAAAUACAUCAACUUUGAGCACAACACAGCGGGCCAGUGGAACCAGAUCUUUGUUCAGCCUCCACCAGAAGAAGAAGUCCUUGUGGGACUAGACCUGGAUCCACGGGAGACCUACCUGGAUGUUUUGUUCUCUCCUCUGCGUUUUACAGCCUCAGCCAUCGUCAAAGCCUUGCAGAUCUAUCGUCGUGGUUCUGAGAGAGUCCUUGACCUAUCGUGGGACAAUCUGAAAAAACUGGUGACGCAGGCUGUGGAGAGUGAGCUGCAGGCCAGCAUCACAGAGUUCGAGUUUUCUCAGGAGGAGUACCGUCAGCUGCAGGUGGAGUUCUGGUCCCGGUUCUAUUCCUGCUGUCUGCAGUACCAGGAGGUGGAGUCCACCCCUCUGGGGCUGACUGUCAAUCCCCACACGGGUCUGGCCUGCGUGCUUCGUAAGGGCUUUGUGUCCUUCCUGCUGCCGUGUUUUGCCGUGGACCACCUGUACCUGUCGUAUGAUGAGUACCUGAUCUCUGAAGAGGAGACGCCCAUUACAGAUGACCCUGACAUGGCCAGAGACGUCCUUCAAUUGGUUCAGAGUCUGCGGCUCAUCAGUGACGCAGUUUCUGAGGAGAUGACCUAUGAGAUGGAGAACGCGCUGGAAUAUCUUCAAAUCCCAGAGAGAGCUGCUGAGCUUGUCCUGGAGAAAAUGCUGUGCAACGACAGUGAGAACAUCAUCGUGGACAUUCAGAACAAACUGCAGGAUGUCCGGAAUCCCACUGCGGCCAUGAUGGUUCUGAUAAGGGAGAUGGACCUGGAGACGGACUCGGAGUUUGGUGGAGAUGGACUGGUGGCUCCAGGACUGAGUGUACGGAUGAGCCUGUCUCAGCUGUACAGCAGCAGCUGUGCUGUUUCUCUUGUCUGCCAGGCUGUGUGCCACUUGGCCAUGACCCGAGCUCGGUUCUGCAGAGAUCUGCUCAUCCUGCAGAAACUUUACCUGCGAUUUGGAGACAACGUGUUUCUGGGUGGAGGGGGGCAGCUUCUGCAGCUCCAACAGGAUCUGAUCCCUCGAACCUCCCACCUCCUCUCCUCUUAUCACCUCCUCAAACACAUCAGUCAGACUCUCACCUCCUUCGUUCCUGUGGACACCAUAGACGUGAACCUGCAACACCUCACUGCGUUGGAGCUAUCUGACACGCCAACUAUGACCCCAGCUAGAUCAGUGUGGACCCCUCAGACGGUGGUAGAGCUGUUCUAUCAGACAGUAGGACGGAGGAUCAUCAUGUCGCAGGUGUUUUCUCAGCAGCACGGCGACUCUCCGCUCAUCUGGACUCAUCUGAUCUCCAAUGUGGUCCAGCUGCUCGCUCAGCUGCUUUGGCCCAGUAACCCUGGUUUCCAGUUUCUGGAGUGCCUGGUGGCUAAUUGUCAGUUCACACAGCUGCAGGAGUACAUGCGGCUGAUUGGCCCGUGGUGUCAGGUGAACAUCGGCUCGUGUCGUUUUGUGCUGGGUCAGUGCCACCUAGCUAACGGGGAAGGCCAGAAGGCUCUACAGUGUUUUCAGGAAGCGGCAUCAGAGGUGGAGCGGGAGGCGUUUCUGAUGAAGCUGACGAGCUGUGGGGAUGAAGAGGCUGCUUCCAGCCCCAGAUUACAGUACUACAACAAGGUGUUGCGGCUGCUGGAGGACAUGGGUCUACCUGAGUUUGUCAUCCAGCUCGCCUCUCUGGCCUUAUCAGAAGCAGCUGGUGAUGCCCACAGUCAGGCAGCUCUGUGGACCAAGAUAUUCAAGCAUCACCUGGAUCUGGGUCACAACAGUGAAGCUUACGAAGCUCUGACCCAAAACCCAGACAGCAGCAUGCAGCUGGAUUGUCUUCGCCAGCUGGUGGUGGUUCUGUGUGAACGCUCUCAGCUGCAGGAUUUAGUCCAGUUUCCCUACGUCCACCUGCAUGAUGAGGUAGUCAGCAUCAUCGAGUCCCGUGCUCGUAGUUUGGAUCUGCUGACCCACAAUUACUACGAGCUUCUGUACGCCUUCCACAUUACCCGACACAACUACAGGAAAGCGGGGACCGUCAUGUUUGAGUUUGGGAUGCGUCUGGGCCGGGAGAUUCGUACGCAGCUUGGCCUUCAGAAACAGGUGAACUGUUACCUGGCUGCUCUUAACUGUCUCCGCCUCAUCAGGAGUGAGUACGCCUGGAUUGUUCAGCCAGCAUCAGGGAGCACGUAUGAGCGACCUGGAGCGUCUCCAAAGAGGAAUUCUGAUGGAGAGUUUUCUGCUCCACCAGCUGCAGGUAGACAUCGGGUGGACAUUCUGGAGCUGAAUGAUCUGGAGAGGGAGUACUUUCUGUCUCGGGCCCGCCUCUCUCUUGCACAGCACCACCCACCAUCUGCAGCUAUUGCAGGCAGUGUGUCUGCACCAGAACUGGUCCUCCUCCUGGCCCAGACCGGACUCUUCGACUCAGCCCUUUCUCUCAGCCAAAUCUUCAAACUGGAUCUGAGUCCAAUCUUCGAUGCUUUAACCUUCAAGUGUAUCCAGCUGCAGUCUGGGGGGGAGGAGUCUCAGAAUGAAGCUUGGAGCUGGUUGGCUGCUAAUCAGCUGUCAGUUGUUACCACCAAAGAGUCCAGUGCCACUGAUGAGGCAUGGCGACUGCUAGCCUCUUACCUGGACAGGUAUCCAUCUACCAAUGGACAGUAUCAUCGCCAUGUCAUUCACAAGCUGCUGCAGCAUGGUGUCCCCUUGCCUGAUUGGCUGCUGCAGUCAUACAAGCGCAUGGACGCACCAUCUCUGCUUCGCCUCCUCCUGAACUUUGACCUGCUGGAAGCAGCAGGGGAACUUGUGGUGGAGUACGUGGAGGCCGUCCUUGGCCGAGGACAUCAAUACUUUGGGAUAGAGAGGCCGCUGUCGGCCACUUCUCCUCCCACCUGGCUGCCGUACACGACUAUCGAUCUACUGUUGCAUGCUCUGAGCGAGAUGCCAACACACACCAGACUUCUCAACAACAUUCGGGACAAGCUGGAUGAGUAUCACAACGUUGUGCGUCAGAUGACCGAACGUCGUCUUGCAACUCAAAGACACACUGCCGUGUAGGCGGAGCUUCAUGUUUUAGUUUUUCUACCUGUUGUUUCUCACCUGUAAAUCCUUUGAAUAAAAGUUUUUUUUCUAUGUUU